AGACUUGUCUUUAAAGAUGACAACGUACAGGAAAGGCCCAUCAGCCGAUCUCCCCCUGCCUGGCCCACAGCGCCCCUCAAACCCUCACCACCCUCUCUCACUGCCUAGCCUGCCUCCCUACCUCCUCUCUGAGGUCGCUCCUCAUUCUUGUGUUACCCAGGACACGGACCUAGCCAGAAAGCGGCAGCAUUCCCCUUUCUGUGGAAUGACAGUGUCUCUCUCUCAUUGUAACUUAUCCUCAGGCCCAUUCGACCAUCCCCUCUUGCUUCCUCACCCCCUUCCUUCACCCAAGGGACUCUCUGCCUCUCCAACCCACUCGCAGCCUCCUUUCUCUUAGUUCCAGUGGUCAUGCCUGCCUCCCUGUCUCUCCCACCCAGACACACCCACUAUCCUCCUAGCUAUCCCAGCACCCUCCUUCCUAAUCUUGGGAGACAUCUCGUCUGGCUGGUCGGGAAAAUUCCAGGAUCUAGGCCACACUUCUCAGCAGACAUGCCCAUCCUUGGGGAGGAGGAACAGGAGAGAGUCUGAGGAAGUUCUAGGGGACAGGGGGAUGAUGGGAACAAGGUCAGGCCGGGACGCCCCUGAGGACAGAGACUGUGGGGAGACUGGGACUAGGAAGAAAGCAAAGGAGCUAGAGCCAGGGCCAAAGGAAAAGGGGGGCCAGCAGGGAGGUAUUUGCGGGGGAGGUCCAGCAGCUGUCUUUCCUAAGACAGGGACACAUGGGCCUGGUUAUUCCUCUUGUCACAUGUGGAACGGUAGGAGAUGGAAGAGGGAGACAGAACAAGCAAAGGAGGGCCCCAUGCACAGAGAGCUGUGUGUGUAGCCCUCCAAAUCACUAGACCCCAGCAGACCAGCACCUAAGCCCAGGCUUAACCCGGUUCAUGCCUGCACACAUAUAUGCGCCCCGCACCUGACAGUCCUCUCAACCAGUCUAAACCCUUUCCCCAUAACACCAGCCCAUAACAGGAGAUUUCUCUCAUGUGGGCAAUAUCCGUAUUCCCACUUCGAAAAGGGGUAUAACAAGACAGGACCCCCUAGGGGGUUAUAGAAAGAAAAACAGGAAAGGAAGUGUCCUGUUGGAUUUCAGCAGCAGGUGUGAUGUCCAGGGAAAAGAAAUUUGGAUAGCCAGGAAGUGAAAACCUCACCAAUCUAAAACAAGACUUCUGGGCUUCUUCCCCAGUGACACAAAUGUCCUGCCAGAUUCCUCCGGGAAAAAAACCUCUGCUCCUGUCCCCCUCCAGGUCCCAGGUUGCCCAUGUCCAGGAAAAGAUGAAUCCCCCUAUCCAAGUCUUCUCCAUGGUGUGUGUGGGUGGAGGAGUGGACCCUGGUUCAGGCAGGGGCUCCAGGGAAGAGAAGGCGUCACUUCCGGGGGCCUUUGCCCGUGUCUGGUGGUUCCCUCCUCUGAUUGGGCAGAAGUGGCCCAGGCAGGCGUGUGACCUGCUGCUGUGGAGGGGCUGUGCCCCACCGCCACAUGUCUUCCUACCCAUCUGCUCCCCAGAGGGCUGCCUGCUGUGCAUUUGGGUCCUGGAGCCCUUCUCCACCCGGAUAGAUUCCUCAUCCUUGGCCCGCCUUUGACCCACCCUACUCUGCCCAGAAGUGCAAGAGCCCAAGCCGCCUCCAUGGCCCCAGGAAGGAUUCAGGGGAGAGGCCCCAAACAGGGAGCCACGCCAGCCAGACACCCCGGCCAGAAUGGAGCUGACUGAAUUGCUCCUCGUGGUCAUGCUUCUCCUAACUGCAAGGCUAACUCUGUCCAGCCCGGCUCCUCCUGCCUGUGACCCCCGAGUCCUCAGUAAACUGCUUCGUGACUCCCAUGUCCUUCACAGCAGACUGAGCCUGUGCCCAGAGGUUAACCCUUUACCCACACCUGUCCUGCUGCCUGCUGUGGACUUUAGCUUGGGAGAAUGGAAAACCCAGAUGGAGGAGACCAAGGCACAGGACAUUCUGGGAGCAGUGACCCUUCUGCUGGAGGGAGUAAUGGCAGCACGGGGACAACUGGGACCCACUUGCCUCUCAUCCCUCCUGGGGCAGCUUUCUGGACAGGUCCGUCUCCUCCUUGGGGCCCUGCAGAGCCUCCUUGGAACCCAGCUUCCUCCACAGGGCAGGACCACAGCUCACAAGGACCCCAAUGCCAUCUUCCUGAGCUUCCAACACCUGCUCCGAGGAAAGGUGCGUUUCCUGCUGCUUGUAGGAGGGCCCACCCUCUGCGUCAGGCGGGCCCCACCCACCACAGCUGUCCCCAGCAGAACCUCUCUAGUCCUCACACUGAACGAGCUCCCAAACAGGACUUCUGGAUUGUUGGAGACAAACUUCACUGCCUCGGCCAGAACUACUGGCUCUGGACUUCAGAAGCGGCAGCAGGGAUUCAGAGCCAAGAUUCCUGGUCUGCUGAACCAAACCUCCAGGUCCCUGGACCGAAUCCCCGGAUACCUGAACAGGAUACACGAACUCUUGAAUGGAACUCGUGGACUCUUUCCUGGACCCUCACGCAGGACCCUAGGAGCCCCGGACAUUUCCCCAGGAACAUCAGACACAGGCUCCCUGCCACCCAACCUCCAGCCUGGAUAUUCUCCUUCCCCAACCCAUCCCCCUACUGGACAGUACACACUCUUCCCUCUUCCACCCACCUUGCCCUCCCCUGUGGUCCAGCUCCACCCCCUGCUUCCUGACCCUUCUGCUCCAACACCCACCCCUACCAGCCCUCUUCUAAACACAUCCCACACCCACUCCCAGAAUCUGUCUCAGGAAGGGUAAGGUUCUCAGACACUGCCGACAUCAGCAUUGUCUCAUGUACAGCUCCCUUCCCUGCAGGGAGCCCCUGGGAGACAACUGGACAAGAUUUCCUACUUUCUCCUGAAACCCAAAGCCCUGGUAAAAGGGAUACACAGGACUGAAAAGGGAAUCACUUUUCACUGUACAUUAUAAGCCUUCAGAAGCUAUUUUUUUAAGCUAUCAACAAUAUUCAUCAGAGCA